CUACCCACUUGCUGGAUCUCUUGGAUGAACCUAUCCCAGGUGUCGGUACAUACGAUGAUUUCUAUACUAUUGACUGGGUACGAGAGAAGUGUAAGGACAGAGAAAGGCACAGACAGAUCAACAGUAAAAAAAAAAAAAUCAGCAUGGGAAAUGACAAAAAGUCUAUAUGAUGCCUGGUCAGGAUGGCUUGUAGUUACAUUGACAGGGCUGGCAUCAGGGGCCCUAGCUGGGUUGAUAGACAUUGCUGCUGACUGGAUGACUGACCUGAAGGAGGGUAUCUGCCUCAGUGCAUUGUGGUACAACCAUGAACAGUGCUGUUGGGGCUCUAAUGAGACGACGUUUGAAGAGAGGGAUAAAUGUCCACAGUGAAAAACAUGGGCAGAGUUAAUCAUAGGUCAAGCAGAGGGUCCUGGGUCUUAUAUCAUGAACUACAUCAUGUACAUCUUUUGGGCUUUGAGUUUUGCCUUUCUUGCAGUUUCCUUGGUGAAGGUAUUUGCUCCGUAUACCUGUGGCUCUGGAAUUCCAGAGAUUAAAACUAUUUUGAAUGGAUUCAUCAUCAGAGGAUACUUGGGAAAAUGGACUUUAAUGAUUAAAACCAUCACAUUAGUGCUGGCUGUAGCAUCAGGUUUGAGUUUAGGAAAAGAAGGUCCCUUGGUACACGUUGCCUGCUGCUGUGGAAAUAUCUUUUCUACCUUUCCAAAGUAUAUCACAAAGGAAGCUAAAAAGAGGGAGGUGCUGUCAGCCGCCUCAGCUGCUGGGGUUUCUGUGGCUUUUGGUGCGCCAAUCGGAGGAGUUCUUUUUAGUUUGGAGGAGGUUAGCUAUUAUUUUCCUCUCAAAACUUUAUGGAGAUCGUUCUUUGCUGCUUUGGUGGCAGCGUUUGUUUUGAGAUCCAUCAAUCCAUUUGGUAUCAGCCGCCUGGUCCUUUUUUAUGUGAAGUAUCAUACACCAUGGUACCUUUUUGAACUGUUUCCUUUUAUUCUCCUAGGGGUAUUUGGAGGGCUUUGGGGAGCUUUUCUUAUUAGGGCAAAUAUUGCCUGGUGUCGUCGACGCAAGUCCACCAAAUUUGGAAAGUAUCCCGUUCUCGAAGUCAUUAUUAUUGCAGCCAUUACUGCUGUGAUAGCCUUCCCCAACCCAUACACAAGGCUCAACACCAGUGAACUGAAAGAGCUGUUUACAGAUUGUGGGCCAUUGGAAUCCUCAUCUCUCUGUGACUACAGAAAUGACAUGAAUGCCAGUAAAAUUGUUGACGAUAUUCCUGACCGUCCAGCAGGUGUUGGAGUAUAUUCAGCUAUCUGGCAGUUGUGCCUAGCAUUCAUAUUUAAAAUAAUAAUGACAGUAUUCACUUUUGGUAUCAAGGUUCCAUCAGGCUUGUUUAUCCCCAGCAUGGCCAUUGGAGCAAUUGCAGGGAGAAUUGUGAGGAUCGCUGUGGAGCAGCUUGCCUACUAUCUCCACGACUGGUUUAUCUUCAAGGAGUGGUGUGAGGUUGGGGCUGACUGCAUCACUCCUGGGCUCUAUGUCAUGGUUGGGGCUGCGUGCUUAGGUGGUGUGACAAGAAUGACUAUCUCUCUGGUGGUUAUUGUUUUUUAACUUACUGGAGGCUUGGAGUACAUUGUUCCUCUUAUGGCUGCAGUAAUGACCAGUAAAUGGGUUGGUGAUGCCUUUGGUAGGGAAGGUACCUAUAAAGCACACAUACGCCUAAAUGGGUACCCUUUCUUGGAUGCCAAAGAAGAGUUCACUCAUAUAACCCUGGCUGCUGAUGUCAUGAGACCUCGAAGAAGUGAUCCUCCCUUAGCUGUUUUAACACAGGACACUAUGAUAGUGGAUGACAUAGAAAACAUGAUUAAUGAAACCAGCUAUAACGGCUUUCCUGUUAUAAUGUCAAAAGAAUCUCGGAGAUUAGUGGGGUUUGCCCUCAGAAGAGACCUGACUAUUGCAAUAGAAAGUGCCAGAAAAAAACAAGAAGGUAUUGUUGGCAGUUCUCGAGUGUGUUAUGUACAGCAUACUCCAUUUCUUCCAGCCGAAAGUCCUCGGCCAUUAAAACUGAGAAGCAUCAUCCUUGACAUGAGUCCUUUUACAGUGACAGACCACACCCCAAUGGAGAUUGUGGUAGACAUCUUCCGAAAGCUUGGUUUGAGGCAGUGCCUUGUAACGCACAACGGGCGCCUCCUUGGCAUUAUAACCAAAAAAGAUAUCCUCCGUCAUAUGGCCCAGACGGCAAACCAAGACCACGCUUCAACAAUGUUCAACUGAGUCCUGUAGAUGUGGACAGAGAGGAGACAGAAAAGGAAGUUCGUUUGUUGAAUAGCACAAUUCUUUAAUCUGCGGGACUCGUCCACUUUUUUCUUCUUU